GUCAAACCGCAGCGGGAGCGAGGGGCGCAGGGUGUGGAGUCCCUUCCUCAGUUUACCCCGCAAGCGAAAAAGGAAACGAUUGUUAAAGCCUCCCCGGAUGCUCUGCGACCCGAGAAUCCGGCUCCCCCGAGGUCCCGCGGGACGUCUUCCUGGUUUUGCGUCUCAUCAGGACUUUACUGGAAUUGCUUUUUAAGUCUCGUCCUGACAGCCACUACCGCCUCUGGCUCCCUGAAUCUGUUAUUUCUCAAGUUGGCAUUGCCCACGGUACAGCUGUUGACGUUACUUAGCACUGAACUGAAGCCCGCGGUGCGUGGCCCAGAAGCAGGGGCGGUGAUGAGCUGCUGAGGUGGCAGAAGUGGUGCAGAGGGAGCACCCCCGAUGCUGCCCUGCUUCCAGCUGCUGCGCAUAGGGGGCGGCAGGGGCGGUGAUCUCUACACCUUCCACCCCCCAUCCAGGUCGGGCUGCACCUACCGGCUGGGCUGCAGGGCUGACCUGUGUGAUGUGGCCCUGCGGCCCCAGCAGGAGCCGGGCCUCAUCUCUGGGGUCCAUGCGGAGCUGCAUGCUGAGCUCCAAGGGGACGACUGGAGGGUCAGCCUGGAGGACCACAGCAGCCAAGGGACUUUGGUCAAUAAUGUCCGACUCCCAAGAGGCCACAGGCUGGAGCUGAACGAUGGUGACCUUCUGACCUUUGGCCCUGAAGGGCAAGCAGGAACCAGCCCCUCGGAAUUCUACUUCAUGUUCCAACAAGUCCGGGUCAAACCUCAGGACUUCGCUGCCAUCACUGUCCCUCGGUCCAGGGGAGAAGCUGGGGCCGGGUUCCAGCCCAUGGUGCCCCCUCAGGGGGCGCCCCAGCGGCCACUCAGCACCCUCUCCUCUGCCCCCAAGGCCACACUGAUCCUCAACUCCAUCGGCAGCCUCAGCAAGUUGCAGCCCCAGCCCCUCACCUUCUCCAGGGGUGGAGGCCGACCACAAAGCCUGGCUGCUCCCACCCGGCCUGGGGAAGUGGGAGCUUCAUCUGCUCCGCCCACAAGGAACCGGAGGAAAUCGGCUCACAGAGUGUUGGCAGAACUAGAUGAUGAGAGCGAGGCUUCCCUGUGCCCCCUGUCCGUCCUGAUGGAGCCCAGGAAGAAGCUCCGCAUGGAGAAAGCGGCUCUGGUGUCCAGUGGGAGGGAAUGAGCACAGGAAAAAUCCAUUGCCAUAGACUCCGACUGAAGGCUGAAGAACCCUCAUGGCUGAGGUGACAAAAUAAAAGAUGGUUUCCUGCCAAAGCUGUUGCUGCCAAGUUCCCAGUGAGCUGGAAUGCCCAGUAACAAGGAAUCACACCUCGUUCCCAUGGACACCAGAGUUACCUGCUGCUGGAGCAACCAUCACCAGAAGCCACCCCAGGGCUUCCUCAUACCAUGGCUAGCGCCUCAGCUGACUGGGUGGGUCUCUGUG